UUUGCAUCCGGCGAGCACAGUCGGGGCCGCGGCGAAGUUCUAGCCAGCGAGCGGGCAGGAAGCUGCGGCGCCCCGGGUGCGUAAGUUGGCCCAGGGGCGCCCUGGUGUGGCCACUUGGUGCGCGCGCUUGUUUGGGGAUCGAGGCCGCCCGCCAUUUUGUUUUUUUUGCUUCUGCCUGGCCGUCGGUGGUUCUGGUUGCCGUGGCGCGUGUGAGUUUGCGCCCGAUCGCUUCCCGGUUGCGUUGGUAUGCGCAGGGACAUCGGCGCGAGCAUUUGGGGCGGUUGCCCCAUCAGAGGCGUCGGCAUUUGGCAGCUGCGCGGCAUGUCGGCGCCUCACGUGAUCAGAUGCGACGCAGCCCGUUCCCUUUGGGCACAAUCCUGGGGGACAUGACUCGCGAAGCGUGCCGGAGGGUCGGCAUAGAAAGAGAACCACCUCGAGGCGGUGCGUCGCAAAAUUAUGCAUGUGGAGCCAUUGCGCGGGCUCCGGAGUCAACUCGAACACAUACAGGCCCAGGCGAAAGCUUGGGAGUCGAGUUGCGGCGGGAGAGCGGAGCGGGUUGUUGGGAUGUCCUCUCUGAGUGGCCGCGUUAGUUGGUUGCUUGCCAUGGACGCGGGCGCGACUCUAGUGGAGGGGGAAUUGGGGGCAGCCGUGAAAGGCCGCCGCCCUCGCAUUUGCUUCCUUGCAGCCGGCCCGCCGGCCCGGGCCUUUCUGUUUGAUUGGGCAACGCCAUGCAUCCCACUCGAGGCACUGCGGGCUUCGAUUCCCCGCAGCCUGCCGGCCCGCGGGGCGCAGGCAUUCGCUGGCAGGGCGGGGAGUGGGGGUCGGGCGCGGUAUUUGGCCAGCGCCGGGCAGCGGGGGGCGGCUUUUGUUGAGGCAGACGGCUUUGGAUUACACGGCGCAGGGGCAAAAAAGGCGGGCCAGAUCUUUGGCGCGUGGGUGCAGCAGCUUAA